UGUUGGCAUACAAGCAUAAUCUGAGGAUUUUGGAAUUUGGAAUAUUUUAUCCGUUGGUUAUAUUUUUGAUGACCAUAAUGGGCAGUUAUGCAACUUUGAAACUAUUUGAUACAGGGCUGGACAUAUAUAGAUCACUUCGCCCUCUUUUCUUGUCCAUCCUACCCACUGAACAAUCGUCUAUCCAAGAUCUGUGCCAUCUUCGUGAGACGCUUUCGCGCGAUUUAACCGAAUUAAUUAAUGAACUUGGACCAAAGAUGUAUCCAGACUUUGAGUCGUCACGUAUUGUAAAGGAAUCCAGAGAGAACCGUGAUAGUCGAACACCAUCCCCAUCUAGACCAUCAUCAAGGUUAAUCUCGUGGAUUGACGAAAAGUUAUUUAAUUGGGAAAGCGCCGAAGAAUCGGAUUAUGAUGAUGUAAUUUCGUUCAUUGAUAAACUAAGUCGAGGACGUAGAAAAAGGAGAGCGUCGCGAAUGUCGGGAGUACCGGAUGGUAGUAGCAACUCCAGAAGUAGAGCCAGUUCUUUAAAUUCCAAUAUUUCAAACAACGAUCAGCAUUCUGGUUUUAGCGUUGACUCUUUUACCAAAAUUCAACAAUCAGAAGAUAAGAUUAUUCCAAAAAUUGAAGUUGAUGAUUUCACCGAGGGUUCAGAACAUCAUGGCGAUAGAGAAAGUAGCGCAAUUGAAACGAAGAAGGAUGUUUGA